AUGGUCGACGGGUUAAGCACUCAAGAAGCACUAAGACGACUGAGAGGGAUGUUGAGAAGUUUUCCAAUUCAGUUUUCUCAUGAUGGUGACUCAAGAUGGUCCAUGAAGAAAGUGUUCAGCUUUCCUUGUCACGAAUUGCUCCUCAUUUUCUUCUACCUCUUCUCAGUCGCAUCCUUAACACCAGCAUUACUCACACUUUGGAUUUCUUUCAAGUGCUUCGGUGAUGAUUUUUAUCUUUUAUUCUCUAUGGCUGUGAUUCUCUCGGUUACUUCAUUUCUCCUCCAUCGAAGACGCAUCUCUGUCCAGCGCGAGGCCCGGCGUAAUAUCACUGCUCUGUGUGAUGAUAUUGAUCGGAUGCUGGUGGCCGAUUUGAUUACUUUCCAAAAAUUAUUUUAUCCACAAUUUGAUAUUCCACCUGGCUUGAGUUCAUCAUUCCAUUGGGUUGUCCGGGAUGGACACCCCACAAUCCUACCGAUAUCACUUAUCGUCGAUGGAGAUGUGUUGCUUCUCAGACCGGGACAAGUUGUUCUAAUUCAUUGCGUUUUAAUGGAACCACCAGAGAAUACUUCUAAUUUAACCCCUGGAACUGCUUACACUCCAUCUCUAGAAGAUGUUUCAACUUCCUCGGUUCGAAAUGUGUCAGCUACUCCCUUGACCUUUCCUGCCAAAGCGGUUGUCACGAGAGCCCCCUUUCAGGAUUUCGUGGAGCAAUAUCACUCAUUUCAAAGUCGGAAAAGCCGUCUACACCACUCCAACCUUUAUUCCUUCACCAACACAGUCUUGAAGGUUUCCGUCCUCUUGAAGCUAAUUUUGCUUGCGUCCUAUCUUGCCGUGUCUGCCCUUUUUGUUCUGAUGAUAAAUCGUCACAACUUCUCCAUCGGCGUGUGUGCCUUGCUUGCCACAAGUUUCCUCCGUUCACUGGGCCGUUUCACAUUCAUCUUGUCUAGUCUCGGAUUCACGCUGACUUGGUUGUGUGCUCUGGCAACUGUUACCACCGGCUGGGAACGACUGCAUCAAGCGAUACGAUCUGGUCCACUAUGGUGUUACGGCAGCCUUGACUCUAUCCCCUCUUCUCGUCUGUCAAGUGUAAGCUUGGCGUCCGUGGGUUACAGUUCAAAGAGAGCCGUGUAUCAGACUCAUUGGAUUUCACUGGAGCAGUUCAAGAUUUUCUGGCACAAUCUGUUUAUCUCACCGAAUCCGAAUUUGGAACGCAUGCUGAUCACGUUGGGUGCGGUGAGCUCGGUUUGCUGCGUCGAUCAACACGGUAUCCUCAGCCAACCGGUUCCCGCCCCCGAAAAAAUCUUUUUCUUCCAUAGACAUCGUCGUCAUCAUCGUCCUAAUCGCCAUCCCCACCAUCAGUACAGGCAUCCAGACAACGAACCUUCGCAGCCAGUUAACUGCAAUGCCGACGCACCGGAUCUCCUGCGUCGUGACGAGCAUAGCACAUCUGGUCGUCAUCUUGGGUUUCAAGAUCACGAAGUUUAUAGCUCAAUGCAUUCCUCCUCGUCGAUCGGUGCGAUAAAGAUAACAUCACCUUGUGACCAACAAAAUUGUCUCCUAGACAGUAUUUCCAGCGAUCACGACCCCAUGCAGGAUUCACCAACUUCUCUUCUGUCUCCAGUUGUGCUGAAUUUGCGCCCCGAUAGUUAUUGGCCGUACCUACCACACUUUGAACAGCCCCGCUGGACGCGGUAUAUUUCUUCUCUGAAACCAAUUGGAUUGUCCGCUAUGCUGAACAACUGCCAUUCAGUUGUUGGACGGUCCCGUGCCGCGGUCACUGAUCGUUUGCGGCUGUGUGCGACGAGCGCGGACGUUGCCUCAUCAGAAGGUUUCAGCAUUCUUCCAUUCUGUCUUUGCGGAUUGGCUCGUCAGAUAGGGUUUCGUCCAACUGCCAUGAGCGAUUUCACCUUACACGGUUGUGUCGGCCUGUAUCGGCUUGGCGCUGCUUUUGGGUACCCCUGUUCGCUUCCUAAAACCCGCAUCCCCUGUGAAGGACCUGAAGUGGGCGAUGUACUGCCAGAUUGCCAUUCUGCGAAUGCGUCGUCUAACACACACACGUUGAACAGCUGCUUUGCGACCAUCCAUCACGUCCCUUCCUCCACCGGCAGUUAUCAGUUAAUGUCCCAAGGCUCAGGCAACAUGUUAGUUUCGUUAUGUUCCGAUCUGUGGGACGGACGUGACGUCUGUCCCAUGCAGAAUGCCGAACGCUGUGCAUUGUUGGACUUCUAUAAUCGCAAUGCAUCUGCAGCGUUUUGUAUGGGUUUCUCCUACGUCCCACUUUUAACUCGGCCAUUGCUUGCACCUUACACCGAACUGCAUCCGAACGAUGUGGAAAGUCAGUCGAUUUGUGACACUGUACUCCUACGGCUUCCACAGGAAGAUGAUACCUCUCCAACUGAUAACAGUCCCUCAGUGGAGCUACAUGCCCCCCUAUCGCAAGGCAACUGCACAAGACCUGCAAGCAUUCAACUUCCCAUAGAUUCGGCUACCAGAUCACCAGAAGCAAUUUCGCCACCUUUGCUGCUUAAACAUCCAAUUGCAUCAGACAGUGAUGAUCCCUCUUCUGUGCACUUGACCCUGUGUGGGAAUGCUGCGAAACGCUUGUCAUUCCCUUGUCCCGGAGUACCAGGGCGACUUACUCCUCACCGUUGGGCAGUCUCGUUUCGAUCUAGCGGUGGAUUUCACCACGCAAAAACACAGCCCCCGAAUGAUGUGCCCGUGGAGCCCCGCCCCAAGGACGCAUCUCAAACCAACGGCACCAGCUCAGAGCACACUUCUGAUCCGACCGAUUUGAAGCCACUUUUUCGUGGCCACAUCUUCCUCGGUCUUGUCAGUCUACAGUAUCCUGUCAACUACAGCGUAGUGGAUUCCAUCCGACGCUUGGACCAAGCAUGCGUUCGCUUCGUCUACUUCUCACGAGAAAAUGAAUUACGCAGCAGAGUGUUCGCCGAACGUCUUGGACUGGAAUGUGGAUGGAAUUGUCACAUUUCAUUGGCUACUCCUGCUUCAGAGAGCCAUCGAGACAAGUCACGUAAAUGCGUCCCUUCUUCCGAGGACGACGCCCGUUUAUCGAGCACAGAAGCGCAUCUGGGACAACAAGACUCAACAAGGCCUGCGCGCGACUUCCCGUGCGGAGACAAAUAUGCCCACUUAAAUCGAUCAGCAUCAUUCCCCAUGCCCCAUGCUCCUCAUGUCACUGCGGAACGAGUUCACAACUCGCGCGGCAUAUCUGAUUUGCCCUCCCUUAACGCGCACGAUACAAAUACUGACCGAAUAUCCCAAGAUUCUUUCGCUGGAAUCGGUUCCCUGUCAAAUAACAACAUGGUUGGCACUGAGAGCCUUUAUAUCCACAAUCCCAGCGUCAAAGUUAACGGAUCGGACAUCUCGAGAUCCUCUCGUUCUCCUUCCAUUUCUGCACCUGCAAACGCUUCCUGUGCCACUGCGGCCCCCGUCGCCUUCAGCAGUAGUAGCAGUAGCGAUUCGAGUAGCAGUGUAACCCGCAGCGCCCAAGAUUCGGGGCUUAGACUUUCUGAUUAUGUGACCGAUAACAAGUCUCGUCUUCCUUGUGGCAUCGAGAACAUUCGACCUCACUUGGACCACGUGGACAAUGUUCCAUUGCAAGUAUCCCUCUUCACGGAUUGCGUUCCGGAGUCCACCCGUGAAAUGAUUGCCAUCUUACGAGAGUACGGAGAGAUUGUGUGUGCCGUCGCCAAUUGCUACUCCAUCGAUAGUGCACGCUUGUUGGCCGAAGGAGAUGUGGCCAUCGCAGCCCGUCCCAUAUUACCGCAGCCAUGCACCAUUUUCACCGAGCGGUCUUCAAACGGUCUGAGUCGAUUGAGCCAGUGCUCCGUCCGUCAGGCACCCUUGUCUUCGAGAACGUUCAAACCAUCCGGUUGGCGGUCAUUUAUUCCUUGCAUUCCGAAUGCCAAACGUUGGAGCUCUUCAGAUCCAGAUUCCGUCCCACUUGCUAACUUUGGUGCGGAUUUGGGCAAACAGCGCCCACAUUUCCCUGUGGCCUCGGCACUAGAUUUCGCAUCUCGCCUUUUGCAGCUGCUUUGCCCGUGGGUCAUGGAUAUGGAGACUGAAGGGUUUCGGGUUUACGAAUGGAUACAUGAAGCGCGUAAUAGCGUGAACAACCUGUUUUUGGUUCUCACACUUGACCUCAUGAUACCACUGGCGGCCAGUGUACUGCAACUGAUGCUUCAGCUCGUGGGACUGCCUGCGGUUUCCUUCAUCCUUCGGGGUGCAAACGACACUGUUGCCGUCUUGUGGCUUCCUUUGGAGUACGCACGCGUUCGGCUCGUCCCGGUGCUCGAUGCGGACUUGCAGCAACAUUCUGGUGCCAUUUUGGCGUCCAUUCCCCAGGAACUUCGUUUCUGGUCCAUCGCUUAUAUGCCCGGCUACGGAGUUGGACAGCUGAUUUGGCUUGUGUUAUUCAUUACUCCUAUUCUAAGCCUAUCACUACUGGAUCGUCAAGUCGAGCGGGCUCGCCCACUUCGCGAACCUCCACGGAAACGCGGAACGGCAUUGGACCGGAAGAAAGUGUUCUCGAGUGUGCUGGUUACCGUCGCUCGCUUCGUACCAUCUCUGAUCGUCUGCCUUGUGUGCACUUUGGGGCAUUUUUUACUCGCUCCCGGUUUUGAUGAAUGUGCUGCUCGGCCUGCAAAUCAGUCGUUGCCUUCGAACGUGUCAACAGCUGUCUCCCAUUCAAUUGAACUCCUUCCUGCAUGUCUUGUCAGGUUGUCCGUGCUCCUUGACACUACACAAGAUGUCGUUUUCACACAAUUUAUUAUUUAUAUUGUUUUGAUUUCAUUCACAUACGCCAACUACGGACAAGCUUUGUGGAAGUUCCGAUGGACUAGCAAUCCCACAUGGUGCGUUGUCGCCCUGUUCAUCAUAAUACUCCAGUUGGUGUACCUUUCUGUUCGCUGCUUUCGCUGGGAUCCCCUGGGACAAACACGUGCUUACGACACGCUCUCCAUUGAAUUUGUCGUUCUGGCUAUGGUUUGGUGUCCCUUGGUGCUUGCGCUCAAUGAACUGGUGGCCUCCAAGGAGAGGAAGCUCAUACUGUCAGAGCAUCGCUUGGCAAGACUGUAUUUUGGCACCAAACUCGGCAUGUACUCACCGGUCUGA